AUGAUCAUCAAACCAAACCUCCAGGUGUCCUUGUUGGGCCUUGCACAAUUCUCAUGCAUUUACGAGGUUGCGGCCAGUAACAUCGUCGAUUUGUCCUACCAAGAAUGGAAGGUGUCAAAUAAUCCCUACAAUAUCUCCCUUCCCGGGAAGGUCCCAUCCCAUGUUCAUCUGGAUCUGUAUGCCGGGCAAGUGAUUGGAGACCCAUACUAUGGGCUCAAUGACUUCAACCUGCGUUGGGUAGCAUGGGCCGACUGGAAUUAUACCACCAACCUCACAGGCCUUGUACGCGACGGCAGCGCAGAUCUCACGACGUACCUCCUCUUCAAUGGCCUCGACACCAUUGCAAACGUCUGGUUCUGUGGCCAGUUUAUUGCUAGCACAGACAACCAAUUCAGACAAUACUUCUUCGAUGUCUCCACGGCCCUCGCCUCGUGCACUACAGACAGCAGUCCUGAGUUGCUAGUCCAAUUCUUCAGUGCGCCUGGCACAGCUUACGACCUCGCCGCACAGCCUGGUGCCGAGACUUGGCCAUGGCUCGUGGAGGGCCGGUUCGAGUUCCUGCACAGGCCCUUCAUUCGCAAGGAGCAGUCCGACUUCGGCUGGGACUGGGGGCCUGCCUUCGCACCGUCUGGCAUCUGGCAGAAAGCCUGGGUUCUGCAGCUGCAACCCGACGAGCUAGCCGUGCGAAACUCCAUAUAUGACAUUUACCGCGUGGGCCAGCUUCCAAAUCUGCCUCCUGCCCAGACUGCCGACUGGAUACUCAAUGCAAGCGUGGAUGUUUUGAACACAGUCCCGGAUGGUGCAACGAUGAGGUAUGCUGUCAUUAAUCCAGGCACCAAUCAGACCGUGAGUAGCGGAGACCUGGUCGACAUCCAGAAUGCGGGCGAUGUCAUCACCGGUACGGCAGUGCUUGGUGGACAAGAUUAUAAGCUGUGGUGGCCAUCUGGGCUGGGCGAGCAGAACCUAUACAACAUCACCGUAGACAUUGUCUCAGCAUCGGGUGCAGUACUAGCUUCAGUGAACAAGCGGACCGGGUUCAGAACAAUUGUGCUGAACGAGGGCGUGAUUACCGACGAACAGCUUGCUCAGGGCAUCGCUCCGGGUAACAACUGGCAUUUCGAGAUCAAUGGUCACGAAUUCUACGCCAAAGGCUCCAAUUUCAUCCCGCCAGAUGCUUUUUGGCCACGCGUUACACAAGAGAGGAUUGAACACCUGUUUUCUUCAGUUAUCGCCGGAAAUCAGAACAUGCUGCGGGUUUGGGCGAGCGGGGCAUACUCGCCCGACUUCAUGUACGACCUUGCAGAUGAAAUGGGCAUUCUACUAUGGAGCGAGUUCGAGUAUGGGGACGCUCUAUAUCCAGUCAACACGGACUUCUUAGAGAAUUCGAGACAGGAGGCCAACUAUCAAGUCCGACGCAUCAAUCACCAUCCUUCCUUGGCGCUCUGGGCUGGGGGAAACGAGCUGGAGAACCUGGAGCUGGCACUUGUCCUCCUCGAGGCACCAGACGAGUAUGACCGGUAUCUACACGAGUACGAGACCCUCUUCAUCAACACGCUACUCCCAGCCGUCUACGGGAAUUCCCACAGCAUCACCUACAUCCCGUCAAGUACUACCAAUGGCUAUCUUACUCUGAACUUCAGCAACCCGAUACCAAUCGUGCAGCGCUAUAACAAUGUCACAGUAGGCAGUAUCUACGGCGAUACCGACCACUACAACUACAAUGCCUCCCAAGCCUUCGAUGUCACCACCUACCCUCAGGGCCGCUUCGCCAACGAGUUUGGCUUUCAUAGCAUGCCGAGCAUUGACACCUGGCGUCCUGUAUUGCCCGAAGACCAGCUCUUCUUCAACUCGUCCACGAUCCUGUUGCGCAAUCACCACUACCCGGCAGGCGGCCUCUUCACCGACAAUUACGCCAAUUCGACUAAAGGCAUGGGUGAGAUGACAAUCGCAGCGCAAAUGUACUACCCGACCCCCAAUAAGGCAGAUCCUAUUGCCAACUUUAGCAGCUGGAUCCACACGACCCAGGUAUUUCAGGCAGAUUUCUACAAAGCUCAGAUUGAAUUUUACAGGGCUGGCUCAGGACGGCCCGAGAGACAGCUGGGCAGCCUGUACUGGCAACUCGAGGACAUCUGGCAAGCGCCGACAUGGGCGGGCAUCGAGUACGACGGGAGGUGGAAGGUCUUGCAUUAUGUGGCGAAAGACAUCUUUCAGGAGGUAGUCGUCGCGCCGGUGUGGAACGUGAGCUCUGGCCUCCUCAACGUGUAUGCUGUGAGCGAUCUUUGGACGGAAGUCACCGGGACCAUCAGCAUGGCUUGGCUGGACUGGUCGGGAAACGAUCUUGCGCUAUCGACGGGUUCUGGGACCUCCGAAUCGAGGACAGCAGACUUCACGAUUGGGCCUCUGAACAGCACACUACUGGCGACUAUCGACAUCAACACAGUCUUUGCAAACAGUUCUGUCAAGACCACCGACGCGGUAUUCGUAGCCAAUUUAACGACUACUGGCACGCCGAUCAACACGAACGCGACAAAGACAUUUACACAUGAGAAUUACUGGACACCCGCUCCCCUUGCUAGCGCGUCUUUGGAAGAUCCUGGCCUGAGUGUACACUACGACGACGUGCAGAAACAAUUCACCAUCACUGCCCAGGCGGGCAACAGCAUCUGGACCUGGCUUGCCCUGAAUCCCGAUGACUCACCAAAAACCAUCGUUGCGUUUGAUGCAAAUGGCUUCUUCUUGCGUAAGGGUGAGUCGAAAUCAGUGGGCUAUACAGUUAUUGGCAAGAGGGAGUCUUCCGGGUGGCAGAGCCGGGUGACAGUGGAGAGCGUUUGGAACAAUACCCUUCCAUCCUAGAUGCACCCGAUUACAGCAUCGAUUGCGAGCAUACGUCUUUUGAGGAAAUGUUUUGGUUUUUUCCCUCUCUCUCUCUCCUCUCGGCUAUAAAGAGAUACAAUAUGCCGAGCUCAAAUCAUUCAUGAGAUGGAUACACAGCGAUUUUGGGGUCAAAUUAUGCCUGUGCCCUGCAAACCCUGCUCGCCUUGCUAAUGGGUUCCUGUUGGCAAUAUACGUACUCAGGCGGUUGGACGCUCCCACCUCAGGUUCUGAGCCUUAUAAUAUGGGACAUUCUCGAAUCCUUUCAUAACGCAGCCAGUGUUAUAUGCGGGUUUCACUGGCUAGAAAUCAGUUAUCAUAAAAUCUAUUACUUAUUUCCUUGUUUUAUGC